AUGGCUUUGACACUUUUUGCAUUGGUUUCACUCGCUGUGGCGACUUUCGCAACAACAGAGGUAAACCACUUGAUACAGACGGACGGCCAGGGCCAAGUUGUGCAUAUGGACGUGAUCCAUGACGAAGACGCCAAAACCGUCAUGGCAAUCGUUGGAGACGUAUCCCAGUACGCGAACGGGAUACAGACCGUCAACUUCCACGACUACAACACGGGCUACGGUGUUCUGAAAAAUAUCAACAAGCAAAUCUGCCUUCUGACGCAGCCGUUGGUUCCGAUGCAGCCGACGUGGAAAUACAAAAUGGGUAUAACAAAUGAAGUUCAUUACCACACCAUGAAAAUUAAUCCAACAAAAAUGACAAAUGAUGAAGUCUUGACCCUUGCUGGACCAAACAUAGCAACAUUCUGCCACGAUUAUGGAACGUACUAUGCGGUAGCCACAUCAGUCGCUAGCGCAAAGAGAGAUGCUGUAGAUGCUGCAGGUCCUGAACAAAUGCAGCGUGCUUGGUGCGUUUUCUCAUCGUGUAUCGUCGAUUCGCAGGUGUACGGACAAUUGUCAGCUUAG